AUGGGUGGUUAUCAAUUAGAAAGUGAUGAUGAUCUAGAUGAUGGAGAAGGGGAACAAGGCAUGGAGAGCGAGAGCGAAGAUAGCGAAGAUGAAUCUGACGAAGAACAUAUAAAUGUGAUUGAGCCGUCUAACGAAUGGACUACGAUGGACACUCAAACCCAAGAUACAAGAGGUCGUGGUAAAAAUAAAAGAAAAUGGAAGUACAUAGAAGAUGCCAAACUUGUUCAAGUACUUCUUGAUAUGGUAAAUCUAGGAUUAUAUAAAGCUGAAAAUGGGUUCAAGCCGGGCUAUCUAAAUUAUGUGGAGGAGAAAAUGCAAGCUUCUUUGCCUAAUUCGGGUUUGAAGGCAAAACCACAUAUCGAAUCAAGAAUUAAGACCUUAAAGAAGGAUCUUCAUAUUGUUUACGAUAUGCUACAUGGCUCUAACACAAGUGGUUUUGGUUUUGAUCCAAUAAAAAAAUGCAUUACAGCUGAAAAGGCCGUAUGGGAUUCAUAUCUUCAGAGUCAUCCUUCGCAUGCAAUUUGGCAAAACAAAUCAUUCCCUUACUACGAAGACUUGGUUGUUAUUUUCGGAAAAGUUCGGGCAACGGGAAUAAAUGUUGAAGGUCCUGCUGAUAUGAUGGAAAAUAUAGAAAGAAAGGAGACAAACAAUGAUACUGUUAAUGAUGUUGAUUUGACUAUGGAACCUGGACUUGAGGAUUUUGGUGCUUAUAAUUCAUUAUCGCCUAUGCAAUCUCCAAGAAGUCAAGGAACUCAUAAUCAGAGAAAGAAAAAAUGGAGCAGAAGCACUGAAAACAUGGCAAUAAUGACCGAUAUUAAAGAUGCAGCUGCAUUUAUUGGAAGUGAAAUUGCCAAAGCCAGUCAGAUCUUUGAAAAAGCAAUUGGAGUUGAUGCUGAAAUAUCUGAGAAGAGGCAAAAAAUUGAUUAUGAGAUAAGAAAGAUUUCUAACCUCACUGUAGGAGAAAUUAUCAAGGCCGUUUGUCAUAUAGCGCAUUCUCACAAGUUAACUGAUGUGUUCUUUAGUAUGACCGAAGAAGGAAAAGAGUAG